AUGGCGCACCACCUCCCUCCGUCCUCGUCCGCUGCGGGGAACGCGUCCUCCGAGUCAGGAUCAUCCUCAACUCCUCGAUACACACCUGUCUCCAAUGGUUCCGACGAAGACGAUAUACCGGUGCCAAAUUAUAAACGCCACAAGGCCAAACAGUCGUCUUUAGGGCCGUUGCGUGUGCAGACCGAUUUCGGAGAGUCUGGGGCUGAGAUUACGGGUCCCGUUUCAGAUAUUGAAGAUGAUAAUGGGCUUGAGUCGGGGGAUGAUUCUGAAACGAAGAGUGUGAGGGCUCCGAGGUCAGGAUCAAGAUCUAAAUCUGGACCUAGAUUUUCACCAGAGGAAGAGAAAGAAGUUGUGAGGAUGUUUGAUAAAAGGCUUGUGCCAUUUCUUGCACUUUUAUAUUUGCUAGCUUUCUUGGAUCGAUCUAAUAUUGGAAAUGCCAAAAUUGCUGGAUUGCAAGAGGAUUUAAAACUAUCAUCUGUCCAGUAUGAAUGGCUACUUACAGCAUUUUAUAUCACCUAUAUUCUUUUCGAGUGGAUGACGCUCAUGUACCGCGUUAUACCUCCUCAUAUAUACAUUUCAGUUUGCGUCUGUGCCUGGGGCCUGAUCGCAUCAUUUCAAUGCCUGACAACUUCGUUUGGGGCGUUGGUCAUCCUUCGUGCCUUGCUGGGCAUUGCUGAAGCUGCAUUUGGCCCAGGAGUCCCAUUCUAUCUAUCAUUGUUUUAUCGACGCCAGGAGCUAGCUUUCAGAAACGGGCUUUUCAUUUCAGCAGCUCCGCUGGCAACUUCGUUCGCAAGUAGCCUUGCCUGGGUUAUUGUGAAAUUCAGUAGCAACGGACCGAUCUCACCAUGGCGCACGCUUUUCUUGGUUGAAGGCUUUCCAAGCGUGAUUGUUGCUGUGUUUGCAUGGGUUCUAAUCCCUGAUUCGCCUGGUCGUGCUCGAUUUCUUACUCGUCGACAGCGGGCUGUCGCUCGGCUCCGGUUGGAGGACAGCAACAAGUCGAACUAUCAACAGUCAGUCGAGAAGGGAUUCAACUGGCGUGAAAUUGUCAAGACGGCCUCUGACCCCAAGGCGUACAUGGCAGCGUUUAUGUUUUUCAGCUGCAAUGUUGCCUUUAGCUCGAUGCCAGUGUUUCUCCCCACGAUCAUCAAAGAUAUGGGAUUCUCAUCGCUACACGCCCAGGCUCUCUCUGCCCCGCCUUAUCUGAUCGCAUUUAUUGUUGUCUUGGCUACUGCAUGGGCUUCCGACAGCAGCCGCACUCGCAGUCCAUACCUCAUCGCCCACGCUCUCAUCUCCGCCGCGGCAUACUUGGCGAUUUCUGCAACAGGAUACUUCCAUGACCACCUAUCCACAGAUCUACACAUCUUUAUCCGCUAUGCCUGUGUGUUUCCCGCGAUAUCGGGUUUCUUUUCAGCCAUCACUCUGAUUAUCACCUGGUCAAUGGAUAACCGAACCGAGAAAGAAGGUAAGGGUGCGAGUAUUGCGAUUCUGAAUAUUAUUGGACAGUGCGGACCGCUCCUGGGAACAAGGUUAUACCCAGAGAGUGAUGGGCCAUGGUAUGUCACUGGUAUGGCAGUCUGUUCCUUUUUCAUGAUUAUCGUAGCUAUAUUGGCUACUAUUCUGAGGGUUCUUCUUCAGAGAGCGAAUAAGGCUGCUGGAGACGGGGCCUUGUUCGACGUAAGCCAUGCUAGUGGUCAUGGGGAUGAUGGAGAAGAACGAGACGAGCUCAUGGGUGGUGGACGAAGGGAAGAUCUAGAAGAUCAUACUGGAGACCAGAAGCUUGUGUAUAUCAUUUGA